AUGGCGCGCCUCAACUGCUCAGCUGCCGGCACUGUGGUGGAGACAGCUGUGGGCACCAUGCUGACUCUGGAGUGUGCUCUGGGCCUUACAGGCAAUGCUGUUGCCCUCUGGACCUUCUUUUACCGUCUCAAAGUGUGGAAGCCUUAUGCGGUCUACCUGUUCAACCUGGUGGUGUCUGACCUGCUAUUGGUCACCUGUCUGCCAUUCCUCGCUGUCUUCUAUCUGAAGGGCAAGACCUGGGGACUCGGCCAUGUACCCUGCCAAAUCCUGCUCUUCCUGCUGGCCUUCAGCCGUGGUGUGGGGGUGGCCUUCCUGACAACAGUGGCUCUGGACCGAUAUCUGCGUGUGGUCCAUCCUCGGCUCCGAGUCAACUUGCUAUCUCCAAGGGCAGCCUGGGGCAUCUCUAGCCUAGUGUGGCUUCUCAUGGUUGCCCUCACUCCCCAAAACAUGCUCAUUCACCAGGCUAUCCAGAAUUCCACCAAGUGUCCCAGCUUCUACCCCAUAGGAGAAACUGAGGCCGGCGCCAUCUGGCAGGAGGUCCUCUUCUUCCUACAGCUCCUGCUUCCCUUCGGCCUCAUCUUCUUCUGCAACACUAGGCUCAUCAGGACCCUCCAGGAGAGACUCCGGGAGUCUGACAAGCAGCCCAGGCUCCGGAGGGCCAGGGCACUGGUUGCUAUGGUGCUGUUGUUGUUUGGACUGUGCUUCCUGCCUAGUGUCCUGGCCAGAGUCCUGGUGCAUGUCUUUCAGGAAUCUGAGAGCUGCAGCAUCCAGCAAGCCGUAGUGCAAGCCUCCGAUGUCGCCGGCAGCCUCACCUGCCUGCACAGUGCAUUGAGCCCAGCCGUUUACUGCUUCUCCAACCAGGCCUUCACCCACUCGUACCGGAAGGUGCUCAGAAGCCUUCGAGGCUGGAGGAAGGCAGCAGAGCCGGCUAGCUCCAACCUCAGGGACUCCUAUUCCUGA